AUGCAAAGACAACGCCGAUUCCUCAGUAUCAGUUCUAGGCCUCAGCUUGCACCCCUUGUCGUUAUUUCUGUUUCCUACAUGCUCGUCUUCAGGCACCUACCAGCCACGUUUUCAAAUUUGGAGCCUAGCAUCGACUGUGUCACGUGUUUCCGCUUUGCAGUUCCACUGCUGACCUACUGCCGUGUGGUUACCAUAGUAACGGACCACGCUUUGCAGCGUUUUCGCCAAACAGCAGCAGGCAUGAGUGCAGAUGCAGUUUUCUCUCUUCAAAACCAAUCCACCGCCGUGGGAUAUAGUGGGAAGGUACCCGUGGAGCACCUGGACUAUGAUUUCAUAGAAAAAUGCAAAGAUGUGAAAUACCUGGAGAAGAUACUGAGAGUACUGAGGUCAGGUGACGAGGGCAUUUAUCCUCAUCUGAUCAAGUUCUGUGAGAGUCACUUGGAGAAACUGCACCCUAGAAGCCCAGCCCUCAGGAAGGAAAACCUUGUGGCAACAGCAGCCAGCCUUUCUAAUGAUGAGUGGAGCCAAAUUGCUGAUGAGUUGAAGACAUGGCAAGAAGAAAACAAAAAGACUGAAACUUUACUCAAACAGCAGUCUGCAUUUGAUGAUCUGGUGAAUGAAAAUAUGCCACCUAUAAGAGGAUCCAAUCAUUCCAUUCCACUUAGUCAGACUUCAAAUGCAAAAGAAAAGAGGAAUUCUUCAAAAUGUUCUCUCCCACGUGAUUAUCGAGAAUGGGAAAAGUUUGAUGUUGAAAAAGAAUGUGAAAGGAUUGAUGUGAGUGAGGUCGAAAGUUAUCCACCAGCUGCUAGAAUCACAGGAGAUCCUAAAAUCAAGACAAAAGUGGAUACCUCAUUGCUGACACAACAGGAGAAGCUCCUCCUGGCAAAUCGUGAAAAGGACAAAGGCAAUGAAGCUUUCAGAGCAAAAGAUUAUGAAGAGGCAGUUGCAUACUAUUCCAGGAGCCUUUCCAUUAUGCCAACUGUGGCUACAUACAACAACAGAGCGCAGGCACACAUCAAUCUGAAGCACUGGCACAGUGCUAUGGCAGACUGCCAGAGUGUGCUUGAGUUGGAGCAAGGCAAUGUGAAAGCCCUGCUACGUCGUGCCACUGUACACAAGCAUAUGGGCCACUUCCACCUGGCUACUGAAGACCUGAGGAAGGCGCUAAUGGAAGAGCCGCAGAAUGCUGCAGCCACACAACUUCUGUCUGAAAUUGAGAAAAUGAAGGAAUGUCAACCAGAGAAGCAAAGCAAAGGGAAAAAAAUACUCAUCCAAGAAGUAGAAGAGAAAGAUGACAACAGAAAUGCUUGUCUGGUUGAACCCAGCCAGCUUGUGGGAGGGGAGAAGAGCUCAGCUGCUCCUGUCGAAAGGGGAGACAUGGGUAACGCUCAAAAAAAGCCCCACGGCAGAGGGGACGGGGGUCCACACAGUGAGUCCAGCAACUCCCACCAAGGACACUGGAGGAGCAAAGGAGGCAGCUCGGACAAGUACAAAGUCACGCAGGAGUCUAAGGACAAGGUUGCCAAUGGAACAAGCAAGAGGGGCUCGACAGCUUCAGUUCAGGCUGACAGGAACAGCAGCGGGAAGGGAACUCCAGUUGGAGGAACUGCUAGGGAAACUAUCAACCUUGAUGCUCCAUGUGGAGCCCUGCCCCCACCUCUGGCCCGGCUAAAAAAUGAAGGAAACCUGCUGUUUAAAAAUGGACAGUUUGCCGAUGCACUGGAGAAAUACUCACAAGCCAUUCAAGGCUAUACAGAUUCAGGGAUUGAUAGUCCAGAGGAUCUAUGUAUUCUGUAUUCUAACAGAGCAGCUUGCUACCUGAAAGAUGGCAACAGUCAAGACUGCAUACAAGACUGCACAAGAGCUCUGGAGCUGCAGCCAUUCUCCCUAAAGCCCCUCCUUCGCCGGGCCAUGGCUUAUGAGUCCCUGGAGCGUUACCGGAAGGCCUACGUGGAUUACAAAACCGUUCUGCAGAUAGACAUCAGUGUGCAGGCAGCACACGACAGCGUCAACAGGAUCACCAAGUUACUGAUUGAGCAGGAUGGCGCAGAGUGGAGAGAGAAACUUCCGGAGAUUCCCCUGGUGCCUCUGUCAGCUCAGCAGCACCGCAGAGAGCAGCCACCUAGCGCAGAGGUUCUUCAGGCCCGAGCAGAAAAGGCUGCCAGGGAUGGAGAGAGGAGAGCAGAAGUUCGUUUCACAACUUUGAAGCAGGAAGGGAAUGACUUUGUGAAGAAGGGCCAAUACCAAGAUGCACUGGGAAAGUACACUGAAUGCCUUAAGAUAAAGCCAGAAGAGUGUGCUAUCUACACCAACAGAGCCCUUUGCUACUUGAAGCUGGAGAGGUUUACUGAGGCCAAGCAGGACUGUGAUGCAGCACUGAAACUGGAGCCAACCAAUAAGAAAGCCUUCUACAGACGAGCUCUUGCCAAUAAAGGCCUCAAGGACUACCUGGCAUGCAGCUCUGACCUGCAGGAGGUGCUGCAGCAGGAUCCCAGUGUGCAGGAGGCUGAGAAGGAGCUGGAGGAGGUCACAGUGCUGCUCAGGCAGAGUCUGGCCGCCUCACCGGCCAAGCCCAGGACGACUGUCCCCAUCACAGAGGUUGACGGUGAUGAGGAGACGUCAGUCUCUCCUGACUCAGAGGGCAGCUGCAGAGGGGACAUCACCAUCAACCUCCAGCCGACCAACGUCUACGAGUUCGGCCAGGCCCUCAAUGCAGCACGCUGUAGCAGAAACACGGCAGCCUGCGCCGACCUGCUGGCCUCCGCAGCCCCUGAAAUGCUUCCACAGUACCUGAGCACUCAGCUGGACGGACACACCAUCAGCUUCAUCAUGCAGGUGCUGGACUCCCACCUCCUGGAGAAAGACCCCAAUUUGGUUUACCAGCACCUCAACCAUUUGCAUACCACUGACAGGUUCUCGACUGUACUGAUGAUGCUGGAGAAGGAUGACCGCCAGCACAUGACUCAUCUGUUUGAGCAUCUGUCGGCUGUGGAGAGCACGGAGUUCACUAAAAAUGAUGUUCAGAACCUAGCCAACAAAUACAUCUGACCCUCCUGUCCCUGCUCCCUGUUGCAUGAGCUGCUGCACCACUACACCUCUUGGAUCUAUGCAAAACACUGGACAUGAACUGAAUAAACAAAGGCAGGAAACUGUAGAAUGUGCCCUGAAGCAAUACAAUGGAACUGGGUCACAUUCACUCUACUGAUCUGUACUGUAAAUGAUCACCAUAUGUUUGAAAAACAGGAUAAGAAAUUUUUCUCUGUGGAAAAUUUUGCUAUGCAGAUUUACUUUUGUACCACCACUAACAACUUGCAUUGUACAACAGACAGUGGAAUCCUGUGGAAAUUUCACUUAAGUGUAUUGAUAAAUCGGGUCCAAUGCACAAAGUUAUGUAAGGCUACAGGCAAGUGUUUCCCCCUAUAGGCUGUAGCAUUUGCUCAGGAAAAGCUCAUGUUCCCAGAACUGUUCCCAGUUCAUGUCGUCCUUGAACCCUGUAAGUCUCCUGACAUCAGCCAUUUGAUAAAUGAAUGCUGCUGUCAGACACUAGCUAAGAUCAGAAAAGAUAUUCAGUGCAUCCUGAAUGUUACCUAGCAAAGGAACAAGGGAGGUCAUUUGCUGCUGAGAUAAUUAAGGUGUUCCUUGCAGCAGGACAAAACCAUAAGAUAAAGUAACUUUAACAAUUUCAUUAUGACCAUAUGUACUGUAUUAUCUUUGAGGAAGAAAUAGGCCUGCAUGACAUGGUAUUGCUGUUCUGUGCAGUAUGGUAACAGUAUCUGUUGGACUGGUAUCUACUGACAAUUCUGUAUGAGAAAAUACAGUUUGUAACCUUACAUGACUCAGGUGCUUUCUUUUGGUUAUUCAGCUAAACAAUUAGCAUAUCUGGGUUCACAUGUAAAAUCACAUUUAAACAGCUGGUGUUUGUGUCUUUUCCAUAAGGAAUGACAAAGUCAUUCAUCCUAUUUGUUUACCAAAUUAGCCUGGCAGGCAACGCACAUAUGCACAUUCAUAUGCAGUUUGGCCAUGCAGACAUGUACACACUGGAGAGAUGUGUGCCUUGGAUUUCAGACUAUGGACUGACUUACAUUUUGGUGAGUGUUCUUCCUAAAGAGAGAAUAUAUUUAUGUCAUUCAUUAGCUUUUAUCAGAUUGUUGAAUGGCUUGGAAUUGCAUCAAAAACAUACAUAUAUUCACUUAGCUACAUGCAUGUAACUGUUUAAAAUGUCAUUUAUUUGCUAAUUUAAGGACAAUCUGUUCAUGUUAAGUAUUUAUCUAUUGACAACUGCAGUCAUCCAAAAUAGACGACUGUCUGAAUCGAAACCAA